AUGAACCCUCGUCGCUCCUCUCGAGCCCGCGCAGCGCACCCAGCAUCCGCCGCAAUGCAGCAUUCGGCUCCCUCCAGCUCGCUCAACUCCCUCAGCCGGCCGGAGCGAACCACGCGGUCGAAUAAUAACGGUAACAAGCCUACGCCGCCGCGCCGGUCGGCUGCUCAGCGCUCCCAGUCGCUGGAAGACGGCGCGGACACGGCCAGCUCGAAGAACGACGCCGCCACCUCUGGUUCUGGCUCUGGCUCUGGCACCAGCACCCGCCAGCAGCGACAGUCCAGGGGCCGCGAGGACGUCGAGGCCGAGGCCGAUGCCGACGUGACGCUGACCGGAGACGAGUUCGACGAAGAGGGCGAGGAGGAGAUCACACGCUGUAUCUGCGGCCACCAGGACUACCCGGGCCUGCCUGCCCAUGCUGCACACCGCGGCGGCGCUGCUGCUGCGUCCUCCUCAAAGGCCGGCAAGGACGACGACGGCCAGGGUGCUGGAUCUGGUGCCGAUGCUCAGUCUGAAGAGGCCGGCAGCUUGUUCAUCCAGUGCGAUGAGUGCAAGGUCUGGCAGCAUGGCGGCUGUGUCGGCAUCAUGGAAGAGGCCUCGAGCCCGGACGAGUAUUUCUGCGAGAGAUGCCGCAAGGACCUGCACAGUAUCAUUGUCGGACCUCAUGGCCAAAAGACGUCCCAGUACCUCCCAGUAGCCGGGUCUACCUCCUCAGCAUCUUCGACCACCUCCAGAGACUCGGCCAAAAGUUCAAAGGACAAGAAGCUCAAGAGCAAUGAUACUUCCCCUCGCACCAAGCGUAGAACCAUGAAUAGCCGUGACGCCGCCUAUGACGAGGAAGAGUUGCUACGCAGAGCCAUCGAAGAGAGCAAAGAAGACACUGCAUCCGUGAUUGAAGAGACUACCAGUCGCAGGGGGAAAAGAAGCCGCAGUGUUAGCGAAAUAAACAAGCAAGCUUCCAAGAGACAGAGAACGAGCUCACCUUCUCCCUCUUCCCGCUCGAAGCCGUCUCGGCGCAACACUCGUUCCCCUUCUGAGGAAGAGUCAAAGUCAAAGACUGCAAGUGUCAACGGCAACCAGAAGAAGACCAGAGCCACUAGGAACCAACGCGAAAAGGAGGCCGACCCCGAACCCGAACCUGAAAAGGAGGCUGUACCUGAACCCGUUAGCCGACGUAAAGGCAGAUCUGACCGCCGCAAAGGCGAAGACUCCGAACCCCCUGAAACCACCUCUCCAACAAAACCCACUCCAAAUGCACCCACACAGUCUGCACCAGAUACAUCGGCGUCUCGCGAAGAUGACACAACAGGCGAUUCUCCCCCCAGUGCCUCCGACGCAGGGUUUAAUGACAUAUAUGCAAACGGCGAGUCCGGCAAAGCAAGUCGACCUCGCUACAUGAACCCCAACCGCACUACAAUGAACGACAUGCGCCGACGGGUAGCCGCUAUCCUCGAAUUCAUUUCACGAUUACAGGUAGAAAUGGCUGCCAGCGGCGAACAGCCUACUCGUCCACCGAGUGAUUCAAGCUCGACAAUGGCAACAACAAGCCGCGAUAUGGCUGCUACCAUAGCAAAGGCAGAGGCAAUACUCAACAGCCUAACUAAUGGCACAUCAUCGAGUGAAAGCCAAAGCUCAUCCGAUGCACAGACAGCGCCCACCUCAGCUCCAGCUCCUGAUGCAGACACCGCCGACAAGGACAAGGACAAGGACUUCAAGGACCUCACCAGCGGCGAGAUGAUGGACGUCCUGACCAGAGGCCUGUUCAAAUGGCAGGAACUCUUCGGCAAAUACGGCGAUAAAUAG